AUGAGCAGCAUAUGCACGAGAUUACAUAAUAGUACUCUGGGAAUUAAAUUCCAUGUGACAGUUCUUGUUCUCUCUUUAUUGUUGCUUUCUGUAAUAUUAUACAUCUUUAGUACAUUUGGUCAGAAUAGAGCCACAAAAAAAAGUUUUGAUAAGGAGAAUUUCCAUAAUAUAAUAGAACUAGAAAAUGAGAUAAAGUGGAGGAGAGAAGAUUUCGAGAAAUUGAUUUCGUUGAGUGACUCAAUUGAUACCGUUAGUCAGAAAUUAACAGAAAACAAACAAAUGUUUGAUUUGAUAGCAGGUUCACUAAACUAUAUAGCAAAAUAUGUAGAAGCACAUGAAAAAAGUGAGAAUCCUAAAGAAUAUCUAAAAAAGGAGGAAUCGAAAAAUGGUUUUUUGAUCAAAUCAGUUUUAUCACCUUGUCCAUAUAGGUAUAAUGGACCUAUUUAUAUACUAAUGACAACGACACCAGAACGGAUCAAUAGUUUGGAGAAAUAUUUAGAAUUACUUCAUAAACAGACUUAUGAUAUACACGAAAUAAUCAUUUCAAUCCCAUAUAAAUUUGAGCGGACCGGGAAGGAAUAUCCACCUUUGCCAGAUUUCUUACUGGAUAGAAAAAAAUUCCCUUUAGUUCGCAUUUUACGAGGGAAAGAUUAUGGACCAGCUACUAAGUUUUUACUACCACUAGAAAUUGGGAAUAUAUCAAAAGAUUCUGGAUUAAUUGUCUUAGAUGAUGAUACAAAAUAUUCAAGACAUCUUGUGUGUGAUUACUUAUAUAUGCAUGAAAAUUUCCCAGAUGCAGCUCUAGGUAGAAGAGGACAAGCUUUUCAUGAUAAGUGUGAUCCAACAUAUCGAAUUGAUCGUACAUAUAGAUUAAGUCAUGAUCAAAAAAGUGCCAAUUUCAUUGUAAGAAGUGCUGAUUUGUUAAGUGGUGUUGGAACAUAUUUUCUACAGAUGAAAUUUCUUGAUGAUGAUAUUUUUUCACUGAAGGAUAAAUGUCCAAGUGAAACUGUCGAGCACUUAUUUUUUACUGAUGAUAUAUUCAUAUCUGGAUACCUAGCUUACAAAAAUAUUUCAAGAAUUGUUUUUUCUGAUAAUUUGUCAGGUAGUAUGCUACACAAACCAUAUAUAAUUGGAUCUGGUCCUGGUGCACUAUGGGAUAUUAACAAAAAUUCUCUUCAUAAUGAUAAUAGUACUGCUGCAUUAGGUCUUUAUUGGGGAUGCCAAAAUAUAGGUACUAUAUAUUUAAGAUACAACGACAUUCUCUGCAAAUGGAAUAGUUGA